AUUUUGAAGGCAUUCGAUCGCUACAUUAUUUGUUUUCGAAUCGUCAGCGAUAUGCACAGAUAUCUAUAGUUUACUGCUUUCUCCAUGGACACAAAAAUGAAUAACAUCGCACGAUAUACUUGCCAUCGUAUUUACGUACCUGUUCUACCGUCUUAAUGUUUAUCUUAUCUCAAAUAUAUUUUAAUGAGUAACAUAGUACGGACAUUCAUUGAUUUCAUUUGUGGGGACUGGAGAAAUGUUAACCUUAACGUGUUCUGUUUGAAAUAAUUGAAAAGUUGAAUGUGUUGAGUAGUUUCGUCUAAUCGAAAUGUUUUCCACAGAAAUGUCAAGUGAGUUCAAAGAGUUGAUAAGGGACAUAAGACCGGCGUUGGAGGAAAACUUGGCAAGAGCGUUCAAAAAUGAGGCAGUACGAAAUCAACAGAUAAUCAACAAUAAUUCAUAUAUUCAUAGAAUGGAUAACAUUCUGCUUGCUCUGGAUGAUUCUAAAAUAGAAUUGAGUAAUCUCAAAUUUCCAUGGAUACCUGACUUCCGGAUAGUUACCAUGGCUGUCGAUUUGAAGAUGUUAUGUCUAGAUGUUACAUUCAAAAUAGGCGAUUUGAGAGUAGAAGGCGAAUACGAGGCAACAAACAUGACGUUACAGCGAUUGCUGCCAAUAACUAAUAAUGGAAAAAUAGA